AUGUCGACCACAGACAUCCCAAAUGCUGCGCCCAGAACUGAACCUACAGUACCUCAAACCUCUACUGCCUUACCUAAUGGUGAGCCAUGUCCCACCUCGCCAACAAUCGAAUUUGAGUGUGAGCUUCGGUGCCCUAUCUAUGGAAUGGAUGGAGAAUGCUUCUCUGACCCUGAGGAUUACACUGACUACCGCUCAACCGUUCUUGCUGUUGAAUUUUCUCCGAGGGAGUCAAAGGAUGCAAUCAGACUGGGCUUGAUUGAAGGGCUUCAAGAAAACACCCAUUUGCCCUCUGGGGCCGAGCCUCUCUUGUCGCUUGACCUAAUCAAGGAGCAGCCUUUAAUCGACAAGGAGCAAUCCGCGAAGACUGGUGUCCAAGACCCGGUCCACUCCGAAUUUAGUGCCCGUCCCACAAAGGAUAAGACUCUACAGAUGGUAAAGGAGUACACUUCUUACAGACUUGGUCACAUGUCUGGUACAAAUUUACCACGUGGAAAUGGUGGAAAAACUGACCAUUCACUCUCCGCGGCGAGUGGCGAGAGCUUAGCAUCCUCCACCGCUCUAAGUGACAAUACCUUCGUCUCUGGCCUUGACGGAACCUCAACUCUUGCGGAUAUCUCAUUUACUUGUGCGUUUGCGGGGUGUGAAAGACUCUGCAGUCUCUUAGAUGCGAUCAGUGACAUCUGCCCCAAAUGCGGACCAUUUUCAACCAUUCGAUACUGCGGCAAGGAGCACCUGUGGCAUGAUGCCAUUUUACACUGGAAGAACUGUGGGCAGUUCUCUCUCAUAUAUCAAUAUGAGGCGGGACCAAUUCCAAAGGAGUUUUUCGGGAGUCUACCCAUGUUGCACAAUAUUCGAGGAUUCGAUAGCCCUGAGCGCCAUCGUCAGGCGCUGGGAUUCGUUUCCGCUACCAACUAUGGCGACUACUUUGUCUUCGCAGAUUUUGUUCCUACGGCCACACCAAAGCUCCACACUUUGACCAGUGAGAACCCAGUUUGUUCAACGAGUGUUGAGUUCAUCGUACGAUUCGACGAUCCGGUAUGGAAAGAUCGCUUUCGCCGCGUAUUGGCGAUUUGCCUAUUUGAAGGGAUUGAAUACCAGGGACUUUGUGGCGUUCUUUUCCGGCUAAUUCGGGGCUGGAUGCGAUCUAAAGAGAUCUGGAAUCCUGAGGUGGAGUACAAAGUGGCUAAGCAAAUCGACAGAGAGAUGGGUUUUGUUCUCCCUCUCAGCAAGAUCUGCCGCCAUAAUGUACAGGAAAAAGAGUGGGAUGGUUCCGACUUGAGCCCCUUGGAUAAAACAACCCACAGAUUCUGUCUGUCAAAAGGCCGAAGAUUUCAAGAGAAGGAUCUAGUGAUGGGACAAGGUAUCGGUGGACUGUGCAGUGAAAAGGAGUCCACUUUUGAGGUUCUUCGAGCACACCGGAUUUAUCAUCCGACGGUCAGAGAUAUGAUGGCGCGGGUCAAUGGUGUUGGUUUUUAA